CGAUACCAGCGCCUUUGAAAUGGGCGCGCCACCGAUGACCCCACGUGACUGAUCUUUGUCACGUGUGACGACAAGCCACAUGCUAGCCGACAUCAACAACAUGCCUCGAUGCCUAGGCUCAAACAAAGACUUCACAACCACUCUGUUGUAUAACAAAUGCCGGCCUAGCAGUUCACAUUAUCUUGUCAGCAUGACUGUGGGUGACCAAGAGGGCCAAUAACACAACAUGAUGGAUGAAUAUACAGCGGACGCCUUCGCGAACCGGGACGAACCUGUCCCUCUAAUAUCCGUCCGAGGUGACGAUGUCGAGUCCGGAGAAGAAAAAGCAAGUCCAAGGGAGAAGAUCAAAAGAUCCGUGUCUCCAUCACGAUUAAAAACAAAAGGACAAGAAGUCGUGGCCGCCCAACUGGAAGAGCACGAACCAAGUACACCUGGCAAGUUGUCUCUUCAAGACAGACUCUUUUCAAAGAUUCUCCAACAAGUCAUACCAACCGAAGAUGUUGGAGGCGAUGCAGUUACUUCCCCUACAUCUGUCGACCGCCGUUCUUCGAAUUAUGUCUCCCGUCCAGCCUUCAGCCUCCCUUUGAUGACCAACAACUUCCGCCGCUUCAACGCACGCAUUGGCAUCGUCUUCGUCUUCCAAAACCGCCUCAUUCGCCUUUUCACCUGGCGUACACCAACCCACACACUCUCCUUUCUCGCCACCUACACCUUCAUCUGCCUAGAUCCAUACUUGGUCGUCGUGCUCCCGCUUGCCGUGGCGUUACUCUUCGUAAUGGUCCCGGCAUUCACAUCUCGUCACCCGCCUCCGCCACCCUCAGCAACAACCUCUAGCACCACUCCCUACUCCUACCAGCAAGCCUACACAGGCCCGGCUCUUGCUCCCGCCCAGACCAUCAAACCCGCCAGCGAAACUUCGAAAGACUUUUUCCGCAAUAUGCGAGAUCUCCAAAACAGCAUGGCGGACUUUUCCAACCUUCACGACGCCCUGGUCAAAACCGUCGCGCCCGCCACAAACUUCAGCAACGAAACCUUCUCGUCCCAGCUCUUCCUGUACCUCACCAUCCUGACCACCCUGUCCUUCAUAACCGCGCACCUCCUCCCGUGGCGCUACAUCGCCCUUACCCUGGGCUGGGCACUAACCAUCUCGUCCCACCCUACGGCGCAAUCCUGGCUCAUCAAGAUGCAAAAGCGCGCCGAAACCGAAACCCAACUCACUCUGUCCGACCCCAAGCUCAAACACGCACACUACAUCCACGGCGUUCCACUCCCGGCCACGCCCGCCGCUAUCCAAUCCACUCUCGCCGCAUUUUCGGAAGUCACACUCUCCACGACUCCCGACACGAAGGAGGUCGAGAUCUUCGAACUCCAGCACCGACCCCUCCAGUCGCUCACCACCUCCAGCGCCAAGGCGGCCGAAUGGCAACCGCACCUCUUCACACCCUCGCCUUAUGACCCUCUAUCUCCGUCGCGCAUAGCAGGCGACCGACCCCGGGGGACUCGCUUCUUCGAGGACGUCGUACCGCCCGAAGGCUGGGAGUGGGCCAGCAAGAAAUGGGAGCUGGACCUGGAAGCGGGCGAGUGGGUCAACGAUCGUCUAGUCGUGGGCGUCGAGUACGAUGUGCUGCACAACGACGGUGAGGCAGCAUCGAUCGCGACAGAUCGCCGUGAAAGCGUCAAUGCGGAUUUUGGCGGGUGGGUGUGGGACUUACCGCCGGUGCCCGGCAGUGGCGCGAAUCGCGAGGAUGAUUUGUGGUUGGCGUAUGGCGAUUAUGAUGUCCCCUCGCUGAACAAGGAGGAAGAGCAACGGAAAACGAAGAAACUAGCAACAGGUCACAAAAAGGCAAUGAGCAAAGAUUGGGAGGAAGGCACUGUGUUCAAUAGUAAAGGCAGGACGGGCGAAUGGAGGCGCAGACGCUGGGUGAGGCUGGUGAAGAGACGGAUGGUUGAUACAGUGAGUUGAGCUGUUGGUGGUAGACUGGACCUUUGUAAGACGUCCUUGGUAUGUAGGUAUGAUAUGAUGAGAAUAUGAGGUUAUCUGACAAAACAG